AUGGUCACAUCGUUUGAGGAUGGGUGCUUUUGUGAUUACCACCUAGCAUUUGCAAAAAAAUGUGCAGCUUUAUUAAAAGCAGGAAUUGUCGUUGAUUGGAGCACGAAAGAUCUUGAAUUAUACAGUACAAUUGCUGCAGGUCGAAAAGCGAAAACAUGUACAGUUUGUGGCUGCAUCAAAUACAGCUCUACUUCUUGUCCAAAUCUCGACAUUUCAGCAUCUGUUACAGUGGCAAGUGAACGUUCUACUAUUCAACCAGAUCUUAUUCGUCUGCUUCGUCCUCAUGCUUUUAGUGAUGGUGCAGAUAAAGAGAUAUGUGAAUUUUGGCAUGUCAGUCGUUGUCACCAGUUCAUGUUAGAAUUAUCAUCGUGUUUAAAAUAA